AUGCCACUUGAAGAAUCAAUGAUCUCAGACAUCAUGCCGGCUUUCACAUGCAUUGCGCCCUUCUCUUCUAUGUACUAUAAGUAUGUGUUGGAGACACCAUUUGCGCUUAGGGGAAGUCAUAAUCUAACAAAAGUGACACGGUGGUUCUUGGUGUCUUCAUCUGAAACUCGGGUUUAUAGGAGGCAUACACUUGGCAGAGCUGACAAUCUUCUGUCUAAGAAUGCUGAUGCAGAGGAGGUAGAGAAGAACUUAAGCUUCAGGGAAAGUGGUCCAACAUCUCGUGUUGCAAUUCUUAGAGACCCUGAUUAUGACCGCAGUUACAAAAGGUACAUUAGGAACCUUCCGCUUUAUCAGAAUUUCAAUCUACCACCCUUCAACAUGAUGCAGUCACCAAACUGCCAAAUGGGGCCCAUAUCCCAAGAACUCAUGUCUCUUAACUUUAGACCACCUUCAAGCGUUAUCAUGAGUGUGCUUAUGGUACCACAGUAUUAUACCAACGCAGCCUUCAACGGAUGCGGUGUAUAUGCAGUGGCCUAUGAUAUAUGCUCAUUCGUAUGA